CCCAAAAACAAACUUACCGCCGGAUUUGGGGAUUCAUAGCAUAUUCUCCGUUGUAAAUACUGUUGAGAAAGUGAGAGAGCACAUAGUCCGCACCAGUCGUCAUACACUGAAAACCUAAUGGUAUUCGAGCUUGGAGUGGAUUCAUUAGGAAAUGGCGUGCCGUGCUCGCAUCCAAUUCCUCGUUCAGCUCGAUCUGAGAUUAUUUUUGAGUGAUUUGUUGGAGUGAUCGCAUGAAGAAUGUUGGAGAAUCCGAUUGCUGAGAUUAUAAAGUUUUUUAAUCGUUGAUUUUUGUGGUUUAUGUUGAUCGCAUUUUAGACGAGUGUUUGAGGUUUGAAAAGUGGCAGUAAGUGAGGAUUGGAGUUGGCAAAAUGAGCAGCAGCGAGGUGAAAAGCGCGAGUGUUCGCGACCUAGCCGAGGAAGCUAAGAAGCGGACUGUUUUUCUGAUCGUAAGCGUUGUUGGAUUGUCUUACCUCAUGUCAUUAACAAGUUCUUCAGUUCUAGUCAACUUGCCUGCUGCUCUCUUGCUAAUUAUCACACUUCGCUAUCUAUUAUUGGAUAUUGAUACACGGAGGAAAUCUGCUACUUACAAGAGCAAACAAACAUCAGCAAACAAUUAUUCUAAUAAAAAUCUGCUUAAGGGCCUCAGGGUUGAGACUGAAAGGUCCGACUGGAAGCAUGAUGUGAACUCUCCUAUUGUUGAAGAUGCAAUUGACCUAUUCACUAGACAUAUUGUCUCUGAGUGGGUGACAGAUCUGUGGUAUUCACGCAUAACACCAGAUAGACAGGGUCCAGAAGAGAUCAUAUUGAUCAUGAAUGGCGUGCUUGGAGUAAUUUCAAAUCGCAUGAGAAAUAUUAAUUUAAUUGAUUUUUUAACCAGGGAUAUUAUCAAAAUCGUAUGUCGUAGGUUGGAGCUCUUUCGUGCAACAAAAACAAAGAUUGAGAGACAUCAAUCAAGGUUCUUGACCACUGAAGAGCGAGAUAUAGAAUUGAAGUCUCUUCUGGCUGCUGAGAACAAGCUGCAUCCCAUUUUAUUCUCUGCUGAAGCUGAGCAUAAGGUUCUUCAGCAUGUUAUGGAUGGCCUUAUUGUACUUACGUUUAAGCCAGAGGAUCUGAGGUGCUCUUUGUUCCGCUAUAUAAUCAGAGAACUUCUUGCUUGUGUUGUAAUAAGACCAGUUCUGAAUCUUGCUAAUCCCAGGUUUGUUAAUGAGAGAAUUGAGUCUUUUGUCAUUUCUAGAAAAGUUGAAAAAGGAAGUGUGGUGGCAAACAUAACAUCAGAGUCUAGAAUAAAUGCACCUGUCAGGAUUCCAUCUGAUCUUAGCUCACAAAUAGCAGAUCCUUCUGCCAAUGGUGUUGAACUGGUCCAAUUGAAGAAGGGUGAAAAAAACAAAGAGGUCAAUAGUCAUGAAUCAGUUGCCAUGAACAGAGAACUUCUUCCUAAGGAUCCAUUGCUUGACAUGGAUACACGAUCAACUCGCUCUUGGAAUUCUUUUCCAGACACUCAUAAUGGUGAUGAGAGAGGUCUUCGAAGAGAACUCUCCGGGGGAGAAUGGGCUAAUGCCCUAGACGUGUUUUCUCAAAGAAAAACUCAUGCCCUGGCUCCAGAACAUUUUGAAAAUAUGUGGACAAAGGGAAGAGACUACAGAAGGAAGGAAGAUACAGAUACAUUGGCUGAUCCUGCACAGAGGAACUAUGCAGUGGGGGUAUCUAAUUCAGUGAUGCAAACAAAUGGUCUUCCCGAGCUGAAGAAAAAGGAGACGGGCACAAAAGUAAAUUCUAUGGGGAAAGAUUUGUUGGACUCUGGAUUUCAUAGAAAGCUGGAGGAUGGAAAUGCUGAAUCCUUAUGCGAAGAGGCAGAUCUUGAAAGUGUGCCUUCUGAUGAGGAUGAAUCCUGGAGCAGUAGUUAUACUGAGGAUGAUGAUAUGAACAAUGUUAUGGGUCUUGACUCUCCAGGUGUUAAAGUUUGGGAUGGUAAAAAUAAAAGGAAUUUCAGCCACAUUCAUCAUCCUCUUGAAACUUUUGACAGACACAAGAGCACAAAAACUAAGAACAGACAACUUCGUUCCACACUACAUAGAACAAAGUCUGCAAAGAAAAGAUCUCGAUCUAGUACUCAUAAUGGGCAAGUCUGGCAAGAGGUGGAACGAACAAGUUAUUUAUUAGGAGAAGGGCAGAAUGUGUUGAACCACUACAAAGUGACUGGCAAACCUGGAGACUCGAGCGAGGACUCUGAGGCAGAGCUAUCGGGUAGAAUAAAUAGUGGAGCUACAACUUCAUCAUCUAUGUCCUAUGCUUCUUUACCUGAAAGUCAAAGUCUGGCAGCUAAUUCGGCAAAAACUUCACUAAUUGCUGAUUCAUAUUUUAAAUUAAGAUGUGAGGUAUUGGGUGCCAAUAUUGUAAAAAGUGGAUCCAAAACCUUUGCUGUUUAUUGCAUUUCUGUUACAGAUAUGAACUGUCACAGUUGGUCUAUCAAAAGAAGAUAUCAACACUUUGUGGAGUUACAUAGGCGUCUGAAAGAGUUCCCUGAAUAUAAUCUCCAUUUGCCACCAAAGCAUUUCCUCUCAACUGGCUUAGAUGUGUUUGUCAUUCAAGAGCGAUGCAAAUUGCUUGACCAGUAUCUUAAGAAACUUCUGCAGUUUCCAACUAUUUCGUGUUCGAUUGAAGUUUGGGAUUUUCUUAGUGUUGAUUCUCAGAUGUAUAUAUUUUCAGAUUCAUUGUCCAUACUUGAUACUCUCUCAGUUGACCUUGAUGAAACAGUACGCCCAAAGAUCAAGGACUGCAGGGAUAAUGUGGGGCCUGUAUAUGACCAGUUAUCAUCCAAAAAAGAAAUUUUCAGUCAUGGAAACCAAGAUUCUACUUCUCGAAUCAAGGGUGACCAAGCUACUGAUGGAUCAGGGUUGAAAGGAAAAGGUCAAGUUUCAUCUUCACCAAAAAAGCCUGAAAAGGAAUUCAAGAAGGCUUUUGAUCAGUCAAGUAAUGGCUCAGAAAACUCAGAGCAAAAGAACAUAAAACGAUCCAGUAAAUCAGAAAGGACCAUGGAUAGUGAUCAUCAAAAAUCACAUCCUCUUGCUGCUGAUAAUUCCACUGAUCCAAUGCUUCCCAGUGAGUGGGUGCCGCCAAAUCUAAAUGUUCCUGUAUUUGAUUUGGUUGAUGUCAUUUUACAACUUAAAGACGGCGGAUGGAUCAGGAGAAAAGCUUUCUGGGUAGCUAAACAAGUUCUACAAUUGGGAAUGGGUGAUGCUUUUGAUGAUUGGUUGAUUGAGAAAAUACAGCAUCUUCGUAGGGGAUCAGUGGUUGCUUCUGGAAUCAGGCGAUUGGAGCAGAUACUAUGGCCUGAUGGAAUAUUCAUAACUAAGCACCCUCGGAGGCAGCGACCUCCUCCUGAUAGCCCAUCCUCUGGAGACCAAUCUCCCGCUUCUUACUCUUCACCUAAAAAGGGAGAUACCCUGACUCUGGAGGAAAUACAACAACUGGAAGCUGAACAGCGAGCCAAAUUUGUUUAUGAAUUGAUGAUUGACAAGGCUCCAGCAGCUAUUGUAGGCCUUGUUGGACGUAAGGAAUAUGAGCAAUGUGCAAAAGAUCUCUACUAUUUCAUUCAGUCAUCUGUUUUUAUGAAGCAGCUAGCUUUCGAUCUUCUCGAGCUGCUGCUUUUAUCUUCAUUUCCAGAACUUGACCAUGUUUUCAGAGAAUUGGAUCAAGACAAAGAGAAGUUCGGCAAACCCACAUUGAGCUAGAAUAGAUCGAGUGAUUAAAGAAGUGUGAUAAAGAAAAGAGUGAAUUUUUGCCUGAGAUUGUCAGAGCAAGUGUGUACAGCGACAUCUUUAGUUUCAUACAUCAUUGAAAAGAAAACACUCCCAAAUACCAUAUUUUUGCAGCCA